CAUACAAGCGCUCUCUCCACAAGGAGGAGGCAAUCAAUGGCUUCUCCGGUUGCAUUAUUCCCCAUUGCGGCAUUCGCCGUGCUGCCAGUCCUGUCACUUCUUGUAACCCCCAUUUCCUGCCACGGGGAUCCGAUUUCGAGGCCAAUCUAUCUUCGGAACUACACCGCCACCAGCCGGUACACCACCUCAGUGCCGGCGGCCGGCUGGUGGUCAUCGGGCGGCGCGACGUGGUACGGGAGCCCUUACGGCGCCGGCAGCGACGGCGGUGCGUGUGGCUAUCAAGGCACCGUCAGCCAGCGCCCGUUCUCGUCGAUGAUAGCCGCCGCCGGCCCUCCCCUCUUCAAGAACGGCAAAGGCUGCGGCGCGUGCUAUCAGAUUAAGUGCACCGGCAACAAAGCCUGCUCCGGCCGUCCAGUGACCGUCACUAUCACCGACUCCUGCCCCGGCGGGGUGUGCCUCGCCGAGGCGGCGCACUUCGACAUGAGCGGCACGGCCUUCGGCGCCAUGGCCAGCCGGGGCAUGGCCGACCGCCUCCGCGCCGCAGGAGUCCUCAAGAUCCAAUACAAGAGGCUUACGAGAGCUAGUGCGGGCUCCAACCCGUUCUACCUCGCCGUGUUGAUCCAGUACCAGAGCGGCGAUGGCGACCUCGCCGCGGUGGACAUCAUGCAGCCGGGCGGCGCGUGGACGCCGAUGAAGCACGCGUGGGGCGCCAUGUGGCGCGCCAACUCCGACACCGGCAAGCCGCUGCGCGCGCCCUUCUCGGUCCGGCUCACCUCCGGCGCCGGCAGGGUGCUCGUCGUCAGGAACGCCAUCCCCGCCGGCUGGCGCGCCGGCAGGACCUACCGGUCCACGGUGAACUACGCCACCUAA